AAUUUCCUUUCUUUUCAAUUGAACCGAAAAUUCAGUUCAUCGAUUUCUAUACGUGUGCUGUUCUUGAGAUUUUCAUACCGGUGUCGCUGGUUGAGUCUAAAAUGUUACAGUUUCUAAAAACCUGUGUAUUCGUUGAAGAUAGAAACACAAACACAAACACACAAAGUAAAAGCGAUGAGGACAAUACCGAACCGGCAAUGAAUACCCAACCACUGCAAAUGAAUUCGUCAUCGAGCGAAAAUGGCUGUUUACGCGAUAAGGUUCUGAUUCUGGACGCUGGUUCACAGUACGGAAAGGUCAUAGAUAGAAGAGUGCGGGAAUUACAAAUUGUGUCGGACAUUUUGCCGCUAAAUACUCCGGCAAUGUCAAUUAAAGAGGCUGGAUACAAAGGCAUCAUCAUAUCUGGUGGACCGAAUUCCGUUUAUGCAGAAGAUGCGCCGGUAUAUGAUCCAGAUCUAUUCAAAAUUGGCAUACCAAUUCUAGGCAUAUGCUACGGUAUGCAGAUGAUAAACAAAGAAUUCGGCGGCACCAUACAGAGACAUGAAGCCCGAGAAGACGGUCAGCAUGAGAUUCAGAUAGAAACGUCGUGUCCACUGUUCAAAAACCUAACGAGCAAUCAAACUGUGCUCCUUACACAUGGCGACAGUGUCAAUAGUCUCGGUGAACAAUUGGAAGUCAUGGGUUUCACGCCCAAUCAAAUUGUUGCAGCGUUAUCGUGUGAACAAUUGAAAAUUUACGGAGUUCAAUUUCAUCCCGAGGUCGAUCUCACGCCCAAUGGCAAACAAAUGCUCUCUAAUUUCUUGAUCGACAUUUGCGGAACAACGCCCAACUAUACGCUGAGCAGUCGGAAGGAGGAGUGCAUAAAUUACAUCAAAGAGCAAGUCGGACAGAGCAAAGUUCUGUUGCUCGCAAGUGGAGGUGUCGAUUCAACGGUCUGUGCAGCUUUAUUGCGGGUGGCUCUCGAUCCCAAGCAAAUCAUUGUGGUGCACAUCGAUAACGGAUUUAUGCGAAAAAACGAAAGUGAAAUGGUGGAGAAAUCACUGCGUGACAUCGACCUCGAUCCGAUCCUGCGAAAAUGUUUUUACAAUUUUUUCAAAGGAACCACCACCGUUAAGAUGCCCGGUUCGUUGUACAACAGUGAAACGCAAAUGUUAUGCUUUACCGUCAAUCCGGAGGAGAAGCGGAAAAUUAUCGGCGACACAUUUGUGAAGGUCACGAACGAAUUAAUCAAAGAGUUGAAACUGAAUCCGGACGACGUUUACCUGGCCCAAGGUACACUGCGACCGGAUCUAAUUGAAUCGGCCUCGAAAACCGUCAGUUCGAAUGCGGACACAAUCAAAACACAUCACAAUGAUACGGAAAUGGUCAGAAAAUUGCGAGACGCUGGCAGAGUGGUGGAGCCACUUAAAGAUUUCCACAAAGAUGAAGUGCGCAAAUUGGGCUACGAUUUAAAAUUACCAGAAGCUUUAAUUCAGAGACAUCCGUUCCCUGGGCCAGGAUUAGCUAUACGAAUCUUAUGUGCCGAAGAGCCGUACAUCGAGAAAGAUUAUUCGGAAACGCAAGUUAUAGUACGUGUCAUUGUAGACUAUAAUAACAAAUUACAAAAGAACCAUGCGCUGUUGAAUCGUGUAUCGGGUAACACAUCAUCCGAAGAGCAGACAGAACUGUGCCGAAUUUCGAGUAGUAUGAAAAUCAAUGCCACCGUUUUACCAAUUAGAAGUGUUGGCGUCCAAGGCGAUGGACGAACAUACAGUUACGUUGUCGGAUUGUCCAGCAAUGAGAAUCCGAACUGGAAUGAUCUUAUGUUCUUGGCACGACUGAUACCUAGGAUUUUGCAUAAUGUAAAUAGAGUUUGCUACAUCUUUGGCGGACAUGUUCAACACCAAAUCACUGAUAUUACUUAUACGAGAAUUAGUCGAUACACAUUAGCGCAGUUAAGACAAGCAGAUGCCUUUGCCAAUGAGGCUUUGGUGACGUAUGGAUGCUAUUCACAUAUAUCUCAAAUGCCGGUAGUAUUAAUACCCGUACACUUUGAUCGUGAUCCAGCAUUAAAGAUUCCGUCGUGUUCACGAUCCGUCGUCAUUCGACCAUUCCUAACAAAUGAUUUUAUGACUGGUGUACCUAUUGUUCCAGGAUCUGAACAGUUACCAUUGGUGGCUCUGGAUAAAAUGGUCCGUGAUAUCUCAACAAUUAAUGGCAUUUCGAAAGUGCUAUACGAUCUUACAUCCAAACCACCGGGAACAACUGAAUGGGAAUAAAAUUUUAAGUAAAAAAAUCAAUUUAAAUUUAACAAAGAGAGAAGAGAAGAGAAACAAAGGAAAACAAAAGAAAAAAAACUUUGUAAAUAUACAAAUCGAAAUCAAAUUCCAUGCUAAAAAACACAAACGAAACUACGAAGUCCCAUUACGAAAAUUGCUUCGAAACAAUUCAAUACCAAAAACCAACAUGGAAAAUGGUAAAAAAUAUUCAAUUUUCACGACAGAAGAAAGGUGUGUUUGCGCGGGGGAGUGAUGUAGAGCAUUACAGAAAUGGGUUUAACAAUAUUUAUGUAUAAUGCAGUUUAAGGUGAAAACAGCAGCGGAAAUGUAGCUUUUAAACCAAAAUUUUGAGAUUUUCUUUUCGACCGCUGAAUUUAUUUAUUAUCCCAAUAGAACAUUUCAUUGAUAAAAGUAACGAAAAAUUAAAA